AUGAACGGGAACCACCGUGUCGUUUAACAGGAAGAGACUUCAGUGCUUCAGUGAUUUUGCUGAAACUAUCGCAGAGCUACAUGUGUCUCAAUGCUUAAGAUGAUCACAUGCAGUGUGAUAACAUUUUUUGUAGCCUGGGUCACUCUCACUGUGGAGACAGACUCCAGCCCUGCAGUGUCUCCCAUUUAUGGGUUAAAGGGAGCGUCUGUUCAUCUCACAGUGGAGAGUCUUCAACAUCUACAGAUCAGAAGAAUCACAUGGAGAUUCAACUCUACAGCAAUACUGGAACACACACUGGAUACUAAUAAUACACAUUACUACCCAGGUUAUAAAGAGAAGAUGCAGUUUGACAGCAGAGACUUCUCUCUGCUCAUUAAGAACCUCAACGAGACAAACCAGGGCACCUAUACUGCUGCAAUAACUGGAACCAGUGGGGCUGAUUCUGAAAAAGCCAAGUACUAUUUGCAUGUCCAAGAAGCCGUUGCCAAACCCAUUAUACAGAUGAAUAAUUCGACAUUAGACUCUGCUGAAGGAUUCUGCAAUGUGUCAGUGAACUGCUCUGUGAGGGACAGCUGGGUCUAUUACACCUGUGACCAAACCCAGUGCUCACAGACAGAGCCCCAGUCCUGGCCGGAUGUGAACAUCACUGUCACUGUUUAUAAUGGAAACAUCAUCUGCACAGGCAGUAACCGGGUCAGCAACAAGACCCAGUCAGAACCACUGGGAGAUGCAUGUAUGACUGCUGCCAUGUUUGUGUCUCCAUCAUCAUGGUACAUUUGGCUGGUGGUACCUGGCAUUGUCUGCCUCUGCAUUGGUUUCAUAUGUUUUAAAAUCCACCAUAACAGGCAUACAAGAAAUUCAGAGGGGGAGCUGGGCCCGGAUGGAGCAAACACUGAGUACAUGGUGCCACCAACUGCAAACACAGCACAUCCCCCAAAUACCCCCCAGGAUAACACUGUGUACAGCACCGUGGGACACCCAAAGGAGCUGCCCCCAGGAAGACCCCCACCAGCUCACUGUGAUGACACGAGUAUUUACAGUCAGGUGAAGAAAUAACAUGGACUUUACUGCAGAAUGAAAGCUGUCUGGAACUUUUUAGCUGAAGCUUGUGAUAAUUCUGCCUUUGCAGACAGUCUAUAUGUACUGUAGAAUAUUCAUGUGAUCAGAUGAAAAGGGGGAUUGUACAUGUUUCAUGUAUUACUGUUGAAUGGAUGGAAAAAAUGUGGCGUCCUUUUGCCAGAACUUUUGUUACUAACUCUUUCAAAUCUGUGAUACAGGAAACACAAUCAGCAGCAACUUCUCUGUUUAUUUUGUUGCCACAGCUGCAGACAGACCAGUUAUAAGCAGUUUUUCACACUGGAAUUUACCGAAUAUUGCAGUGUGUGCUGGGUGCCACUUAAAUGCAAUGUCAGUUUGAAGGGUUUCAUCCAUUUUAUAUAUUUCGAUAUUCAUUGGUGGUAAAAGAUUUGAGAUGUUUGAGAUGGAGGAAAGAUCCAUGGGAUGCAGGGAAUUGGAGGAUGGCAUUUGGGGUUUAAUUUGAAAUGAAAUGAUGCUUUAUUAUGCCAUUUGCACGAAUACAAGUUCAGGUACAGCGGAAUUCUUUCAUUUUUGCAGAUCCCAUCAUGCUCUCCUGUCAGAUACAUAAGCACACCUGAGUUGGACCGAUGGUGCUGGUCUCUCUCCUGCUCAUACCAAGCAAACGGAUCUUAUAGUAGCAAACUGUCAUUUGAUUACACAGGAUCAGAGGUCACAUCCCUUGACCUUGUCCCUCCCCCCAAAUAUCCAUAUGCCCACACGAUUCACAGGGGUGUAAUACAGAUAAGGACCCCCCCCAAGACAGGGUUACAGACUGCAGCUCAGUGGCUCAGUGAAACAGUAGGGGGUGCACAGGGACCGGUUUGAGAAACACUGACCAAUGUUACCACUUCUUUUUCCUUGUCUCACUUCCUCUUGUUUUCCCGCACACUUUGAGUUAAUAUCUUAUCCGCAGGAGGUGGGGUGUUUGGGACACAUAUAGAAAGAGGAAACACAAAUGCUGACUCAGGUUUCACUGUGUAUAAAACAAUCACAUGGACAUGAACGUCCCCCAAACGAACUUGAUGGGCUGAAUGGCCUCCUCUCGUUUGUAAAUUUCUUAUGUUCUUAUGUUCAUACACAGAUUGCUUAAAAGUAAGAUUGCUGUUAAACUCUCCUUUGAAUAGACUGACAUGAAGAUAUAAUAAUAAAAUCAACCCCCCCGCCCCCCCCCCGCCAAAUGCUGUGGCCCUGAAAUCUGACCCCAAAGCUUUGCUCCCUCCUGUACAGUAUAUAUGUCUGCAUAUAUGCAAAAGGAGACCAAGAUACUGUAAGAUAUGCAAAAAGAAGCAUUCUGAUGUACCUGUACUUCUGCAAAUAAAAAGCAUCAUUUAAUUGCAUAAUUUACAGAUAUUCUUCUUACUGACCACUAGAUGGAGUGUUUUUAGGAGAAUCCUUGAAUGCCGCAUGAGCAGUCAAAUAUCAUGAACUACAGGACAAAUACUUGAUCGUAUUAAAUCUGUGACACAGUGACUGGUUGUAUUUCCACAGUGUAAUUUGUCCUGCUGUUCAGAGGAAUAAAUACAGCAAAUUGUUAAAAUGCAGCUCAGCAAUAAAUGUCAGGAUCCGUCCUGC